AUGGCCGGACAAGACGAGCAUCGCGACGGCAGCUCCCACCGCCGCCAAGUCGUCCUCUUCUCCCUGCCAUUCCAGGGCCACCUCAACCCCAUGCUCAAGCUGGCGGCGGUCCUCCACGCGCGGGGCCUCGGAGUCACGGUCCUCCACACGGACUUCAACGCUCCAGACCCCGCGCGCCACCCACAGCUCACCUUCGUCCCCAUCCACGAGACGCUCAGAGACGAGGCCACCUCCCCGGACUCCGACAUCCUCACGAAGUUGCUGGCCCUGAACGCCGCCUGCGAGGCGCCCUUCCGGCAGGCCCUCGCGUCGCUGCUUCGGCGUGGCCAGAACGUCGCGUGCGCGGUGGUCGACGGGCAGUGCUACGCCGCGCUGGGCGCCGCCGGCCGGUUCGGCGUCCCUGUGCUCGCGCUCCGGACGGAUAGCGCCGCCGCGUUGCGCAACAUGCUGGCGUACCCGCGGCUGCGCGACGCCGGCUAUCUUCCCAUCAAAGGCAAGCAAGAGAAGUUGGAUGAGCUGGUGCCGGACCUCGAGCCGCUCCGAGUGCGAGACCUGCUCCGUGUUGACGACUGCGACACGGACGAGAUGUGCAGCUUUAUCACCUGCGUCGCCGAUGCCGUAGGAGCCUCGGUGUCUGGCAUUGUCAUCAACACGCUCGAGGCGAUGGAGGCGUCGGAGCUAGCCAAGAUCCGGCGGGAGCUGUCCCUUCCUGCCUUCGCGAUUGGGCCCCUGCACUUGCUGUCGUCCCAGGAUUCGGCGGAGCAGAGCUUGUACACUCCCGACGUCAGCUGCCGGGAUUGGCUGGACGCGCACCCGGCGCGCUCCGUGCUGUACGUGAGCCUCGGCAGCUUGUCCUGCGUCGACCGCGGCGUGUUCGAGGAGAUGGCGUGGGGGCUGGCCGGCAGCGGUGUGCCGUUCCUGUGGGUUGUCCGCCCGGGCUUAGUCAGCGGUGAAGAGGUUCCAUCAUUGCCGGAUGGGUUUAGCGAGGAGAUCAGGAACAGAGGGAAGAUUGUCACUUGGGCGCCACAAAGAGAGGUCUUGGCGCACGCAGCCAUUGCUGCGUUCUGGACGCAUUGUGGAUGGAACUCGAUACUGGAGAGCUUCUGCGAAGGCGUGCCCAUGCUUGUGCAGCCGUGCUUCGCGGACCAGAUCGUGAACGCCAGGUAUGUCACGCAUGAGUGGGGUGUUGGGCUGGAGGUCGGGGAAGUGUUGGAGAGGGAGAGCGUCGCCAAGGUGGUGAACCAAGUGAUGGUUGGGGAAGAUGGACCUCUGAUGAGGGAGAGGGCACACCGUCUGCAGAUGCAGGCAUCUGCAGCUACUAGUUCGGCCAUGGACGGCCUAGUCCAGUACGUAUUGUCCCUGUGA